CUAAUUUUGCGCGUCAUCACAGGACGCCAUCGGAGAUUGGACAUUCAGUGAAGAUGUCUCACUGCCUUGUCCGAGUCCUGAAGCAAAUCGAUGGGACUUCCUGUGAGCCCGUGGUGCUGUUUAUUUUUCAAAUGGAGAGUAGGAUGAGUAGGAGGAGUAGGAAGAGGAGGAGUGGCCUGGACUGGCAGCCGACCAAGCGUCACUUACAAACUGGAGCGGUGCUCCUUUGCGAGGAUCACUUGCUCACCUUCACGGCCACGGUGGGACUGAGACAGAGCGACACACGCGCUCACAGGGAGAGAAGGAAGCAAAGAUCAAGUCCCUGCUGCCUCAUUCAGCACAUUGACCUCUGAAAGGACAUCUGUCACUCGCUGGCUGACGAGAUGAGCAAGAAGAUGGAGGACGAGGCGGUGCUGGACCGUGGUGCGUCCCUCGUCAAGCACAUCUGCGACCAGGAGGAGAUGGAAGGUCACCACACCGUUUACAUCGGCGUGCGGGUGCCCAAGAGCUACCGGCGUCGGCGGCGCCACCGUCGGCGAACCCCCGGCCACAAGGACAAGAAAGAGCGUACGGCAGAAAAUGCGUCGGAUCGAUCCGACAAUGAGAACAACGAUGAGACCGGCAACAGCAUCCUCAAACCCCUCAUCUCACCGGCUGCCGAGAGAAUUCGCUUCAUCCUUGGCGAGGAUGAUGACGGCCCACCGCCGCCGCAGCUCUUCACCGAGCUGGACGAGCUUUUGUCAGUGGAUGGCCAGGAGAUGGAGUGGAAAGAGACGGCCAGGUGGAUCAAGUUUGAGGAGAAGGUAGAAAAAGGAGGUGAGCGCUGGAGCAAACCCCACGUGGCCACCUUGUCCCUGCAUAGCCUUUUUGAGCUGCGUACCUGCAUCGAGAAAGGCACCAUCAUGUUGGACAUGGAGGCAUCCACUCUGCCUCAGGUGGUUGAGCUGAUAACAGACAACCAGAUCGAGAGCGGUCAGCUGAAGGCCGAACUGAAGGACAAGGUCACGUACACGCUGCUGCGCAAACAUCGCCACCAGACCAAGAAGUCCAAUCUGCGUUCACUGGCCGACAUCGGCAAGACGGUCUCCAGCGCAAGUAGGCUCUUUUCCAACCAGGAGAACGCCCGUAGUCCUCUGGAGACCUCUGUGACGUGCCUGUCGAGCGGCAUCUCAAUGGAGGACUUGCAGAGUCAAAGGAGCACCAGCAUGGAUUGGCUCAAUAGUCCUACCACCACCCACCGAAAUCUGACCUCCGGCAGCCUCAACGACAUCUCUGACAAGCCGGAGAAAGAGCAGUUGAGGAACAAAUUUUUGAAGAAGUUGCCCAGAGAUGCUGAGGCCUCCAAUGUGCUUGUGGGCGAGGUCGACUUCCUGGAUGCCCCCUUUGUGGCCUUCGUGCGUCUGCAACAGGCCGUGAUGCUCGGCGCCCUGACCGAAGUUCCUGUUCCCACAAGGUUUUUGUUUGUCCUGCUCGGGCCCAAAGGUAAAGCCAAGUCCUAUCAUGAGAUUGGACGAGCCAUCGCUACACUCAUGUCAGAUGAGGUGUUCCAUGACAUUGCGUACAAAGCCAAGGACCGGCAAGACCUGCUGGCCGGCAUCGACGAGUUCUUGGAUGAAGUGAUCGUGCUGCCUCCUGGCGAGUGGGAUCCUGCUAUCCGGAUAGAACCUCCCAAAACACUGCCGUCCUCCGACAAAAGGAAAAACAUGUAUGCGGGUGGCGAUUCUCAGAUGAACGGCGACACGCCUCACGACAGCGGUCACGGAGAAGGCGGGCACGCCGUGGGCGAGGAGCUGGAGAAGACGGGAAGGUUUUGCGGCGGCCUUUUACUGGACAUCAAAAGAAAAGCGCCUUUCUUGAUCAGCGACAUCACCGACGCCUUCCACAUACAGGCCCUGUCUGCCAUCCUUUUCAUCUACCUGGGCACCGUCACCAACGCCAUCACCUUUGGCGGCCUUCUGGGUGACGCCACGGAGAACAUGCAGGGUGUUCUUGAGAGCUUUCUGGGAACGGCUAUCGCGGGUGGCGUCUUCUGCCUGCUGGCCGGCCAGCCCCUCACCAUCCUCAGCAGCACCGGGCCCGUCCUCGUCUUUGAACGCCUCCUUUUCAACUUCAGCAAGGACAACGAAUUCAACUACCUGGAGUUUCGCCUGUGGAUCGGCCUGUGGUCGGCAUUCCUGUGCCUGGUGCUGGUGGCCACCGACGCCAGCUACCUGGUCAAAUACUUUACACGCUUUACCGAGGAAGGCUUCUCGGCCCUCAUUAGCUUCAUUUUCAUCUAUGACGCCUUCAAAAAAAUGAUCAAGCUGGCCCACCACUACCCCAUCAACUCUGACUUUCGCAUGGAGCGCGUCACAGAGUUUGACUGCCUAUGUAUGGCGCCCACAGUCCUCGAAAACAACUCAGAAUUCACCGGGGACCCUUUAGAGGGCACCUCUAUCUGGUUCUGGAACAACACAGAUCUGCCCAUGAACGCCACGUGGUCGUCGCUCACCCGUACCGAAUGCUUGAAGUACAACGGUGAGCUGGUGGGCAAGGCUUGCGACUUCGUGCCCGACAUCGCCCUAAUGUCCUGCAUCCUCUUCUUCGGAACAUACAUCUGCUCCAUGGGCCUGAAGAAGUUCAAGACCAGCCCCUUCUUCCCCACCACCGUGAGGAAACUCAUCAGUGACUUUGCCAUUAUCCUGACCAUCCUCAUCUUCUGCGGUGUGGAUGCACUGAUUGGUGUGGACACCCCCAAACUCAUAGUGCCAACUGAAUUCAAGCCGACAAGUCCCCUCCGGGGCUGGUUCGUGCCGCCCUUUGGGGGCAACCCCUGGUGGGUAUACCUGGCAUCGGCUGUGCCCGCCCUGCUGGUCACCAUCCUGAUCUUCAUGGACCAGCAGAUCACUGCUGUGAUCGUUAACAGGAAGGAGCACAAGCUCAAGAAAGGUGCGGGCUACCAUCUGGAUCUGUUCUGGGUGGCCGUGCUGAUGGUGGUGUGCUCCUUCAUGGGCCUGCCGUGGUACGUGGCGGCCACCGUCAUCUCCAUCGCUCACAUCGACAGCUUGAAAAUGGAAACGGAAACGUCGGCACCUGGGGAGCAGCCCAAGUUCUUAGGAGUCAGGGAGCAGAGGGUCACUGGCAUAUGUGUGUUCAUGCUUACUGGACUGUCUGUUUUCAUGGCUCCCAUUUUAAAGUUCAUCCCUAUGCCGGUGCUGUAUGGAGUCUUCCUGUACAUGGGUGUGGCCUCUCUCAACGGAGUUCAGUUCAUGGACCGUCUAAAGCUGCUGCUGAUGCCGGCAAAGCACCAGCCCGACCUGAUUUAUCUGCGACACGUGCCGCUCAGGAAGGUGCAUCUGUUCACCUUCAUCCAGGCGCUCUGUCUGGCCCUGCUCUGGAUCCUGAAGUCCACCGUGGCUGCCAUCAUCUUCCCUGUCAUGAUCCUGGCGUUGGUAGCCGUGAGGAAGGCCAUGGACUGCAUGUUCUCGCAGCAUGACCUCGGUUUCUUGGACGACGUCAUCCCCGAGAAAGAGAAGAAGAAGAAAGAGGAUGAGAAAAAGAAGUGCAGCGGCCAAGACAGCGACGCCGAUGACCAGAGAAACACACCUCAUGCUGAUCAGCUUCACUACUACCGCGCCAACUGCUUGUCCAGCCCUGAGAUGAGUCCGCUGAAGCCGGUGCCUCAAAUUAGAAUAGAAAUGGACCCGGACGACGGCAACCCUUUCUACUGGCGGAGCCGAGGAUCCGAGACGUCUCUGUAGACCUGCCGAGCCUCCACUUGUUGGGAAGCGGGGGUGUGUAUGUCCAGGGCUGACACCACCCCACCACCACCAUCUUCUUCUUCUUCUACUACAAAUCAGAACAUGCAAGCUAACUGUACUACUACUUCUUCUAUGCAACUGCAGCUCUGUCUUACCGCGCAUGGAGUUCCCUCCCCGCUUUGUUUUAUAUCUAUCAACCGUCUGUACUUUUAUAUCUACAAAUAUAUAAAUAAAAAUCUCUUAUAUAUUAUGAUAACAUUUUCCUGUAGCAGGAAAUGUACAUUUUAAUAGUCUACCUCUUGUUUCAAACGAACACGUGUCGAUUGAUCCUGGAGAGGGAUUUGCUGUACCAUAGACGGAAAAGGGGUGCUUAUGUGAUGAAAUAGCUAUUAACGGUUAAUUAACUGUGGACAAGACACCAAUUUUGAUUUGUUUUUACUACUUCAUGGAAUCAGUGUUUAUUUUCUUCCAUUUUUUGAAUGAUUCUCUUUUUGUGUGUCGGUAUAUUUUUCAUACGCCGGGUUUUGCUCAGCUAUAAGCGUUAUCGUGUUUGCGAUACGUUACCUUUCAAGUGGCUUAUAAGGUCCAUUCAGACUACAAUUCACAAUACAAUUAAAAAAAGGGACUUUUGGACUAAUCAAAACUGACAUUUCAAUCAUCAAUAUUAGCUUUUUCAUUUUUUGUUUUAAUGAUUUGUCUUGGAUGCAAAAAAAUGAAAUCCCAUUUAAUAGUUUGGAAAAAGAAAUGCCCAAGUUAUCGUAACAUUAGAACUGGUAGGUGACUCCAAAAUUGCAUUAAUUAAAACUAUCAAUCUUUUCAACCCUGAAAUUCAUUUUAAGUAGCUUUGGCCCCCAGGCUUACUUAUGGUCAAUAUGUGUAAUAAGAACCCAAUUUGUAGCUAAACUAUAGUUGACUACUGGCUGGAAGUCACGUGCACGUAUUUAUUACAUAACAUGAAUAAUCCAAUCAAUAUUAUGAAUUUUACCUGACCCCAUAACAUCUUUGUCCUCUGACCUUUAAUAAUUCAAAGCCCAAGCGUUCAAUGUAAAAUACUCAAGAAAUAAGAAGAAUCUCUUGAAUGCUGGAUUAGUCUAAAAAAGAAAAUCUCAUCAAAAAAACAAUAAAUGGUUGAAUGCUGGCUUUGGUCGUAGGAGACUUCAUUGUGUCGUGCAAUUUAGGCAGCACUCAGGCAACAAAUUUGACAACUUCUCAGUGAUUUUAAACUAUUUUAAAGCUACAUUUUAAUCAUAAAACUACACAAAUACCAUGUCUAAAAAUAGUAACUAACUACUAUUACUACUGUAAUAGUAAUGUACAUCAAACUCUCAGUAAGAAGCACUCUCCAAAAUUAUUACAAAAAAAUCUCUUGACGGCUGCUUUUGUCCCAUGAAAGAAAAAAAAUAAAUACAAUAUUUUAAACAUUGUCAAUUGCUUUAAAUAGGUUUGGAUUUUGUGUCCUUUAUCCAAAUCUUGAGCAACAGAUUUGAGAGGUUCACAGUGCCGUGAAACAAUUGCGAUGAUAACUUUUCCUCAUAAAACUCCCCAAAUACCCAAAAGAAAUGAAUAGAAAAUCAGUUAUGCAUUUGAAUCGAUCUUGAAUAGCUUUGGUUGUGUGUCCUGCAAAUUCAGGUGGACCCCGAACAACAAGUUUGGCAUCUCAAGGAUGGAAAUGAUUUGAUAGCUUUUUGUUCAAAAUCCCAUUAAAAAGUAGUCAAUUCUAUUUAGUGGCGUGAGUGUGUCCUGUCUCCUGUAAUUUAGGCAACCCUCUAAAGAGAGUUGAUGGAGUGACUGCAAUUAUCAGGUCUGUUUGUGACUUACAGAAGCGUUUUGUUUGUUUGUUUUUGUUUGUCCCACUUCAAGAUCAAGAUAUGUAUUCACACCAUGUAGAAUAUAAAAGGGGCUGCAUUGUGGGUUUCCCGAAUCUCGUUAACAAAAUGCUUGCCCAUCAGCCAAAGUAGCAAUGGGAUAUUUAGAGUCACUUUAGUGUUUUGUUUUUUGUUUUUGUUUUUUUUUCUGUCAAAACAAAUACAUCAAUAAAUUCAAUGAGUCAAGAAUGGGCAUAAAAAUAUGAGUUUUUGUUUGUGUGUUUGUUUCUGUUUGAUUGUUCAUUAACCUUUU